CUACAAAACUACAUUUCUCUCAAGUUUGUCUGAUAGUCUAUCUCUACUUUAUAAAUACUUUAGAUACAUCAUUUAACAGUGUUUACUGUUCGCUCAACACAUUGCUGACAUUGUCAUUCAUUUUUUGACAUCAUAUAUGCGCUGAUAAACUGAGCUGUUGAUGAUGUUACGAUUCAAUGAUAACUUAUAAGGCUUUUCGCUGUCGAUUAUGUGCUACAAUUCAGGAUUGCUUAUAUUUAUUCAUCUUCUUUCAAGAUGCGCUCAGUCACACUCUGUCUCUUACUAGCUUUCCUUGUCGUAUGUUUCGCUGAGGAAAUUUUGGAAUUCAGCCCUGACGAUAUUCCAGCUGACGCUCCCGUUAUCCGAGAAAAAAGACAAUUUGGGUGGGGAAGCUAUGGCGGAUAUGGAGGAAGAUGGGGUAGAGGAUAUGGAGGCUACGGCGGUUACGGCGGUUAUUUCUACGGUGGUUAUGGUGGUUAUGGUCGUCGCUUUGGAGGAGGCUGGUGAUAAUUGGGACUGCCAUCUUUUUGAAACGCUCAA